ACAGUCGCCUGUAGCCGGGAGGAGCUGAUCCAUUAUACAUGUGCACCGCGCCGCGCCUCGCCUCGCAGACAAUGGUGCUGCUCGGCGCGGCUGGAGGCGCGGAGGGGGGCCGGCCGGCUGGCCGCGUGGCGUGGCUUGUAGCAGGCUAGCAGCGUGGCGAGGGAACAGGCGGAGGGCGGAGGGAAGGCGGCCCGCCGCGCCGGCCGCGCCAGUUGCCGCCGCGGCCGCCUGCCAGCGAGACGCGACGCUCUCGGCCCACGGCAUGCCCGCUCGCCCCCGCUACAGGUGAGUCACCCACGUGUGAGCCGCUGUGAACCACGGGCGCGUGCCGACCCGCUCCCGCCCGCCGCCCGCUCCCCAUGCGGACAUCGCUGCAGCUGCACAGGAUAGGCAGAGCACCCCGCAAAAAGAAGACGACCGGCCCCCCGCGCCACCUUCCGCGUCUCGCCGUGUGCCCACCGCUGCCCUCAGAUGGCUGACGGACGCAGGAAGCUGUCGCUCAUGGUGCCGCUGCGCAAGGCCAGCAUCCACGAUGGCCGUGGUGCGGACGCAGCAGUUGCCGACCUGGAUGAGGAGAUGGAGAAGGUCUUCGCGAUGGCUGAUGAAGAUCGCUUUGAUGUGGCGCGCCUUGCUGCCUCUCCAGACUCCAGCAGCACCGCCGCCAGCAAACGCAGCUAUGGCGAGAAGGACUAUGCCUUGCACAGGAAGAAGAGCUAUCAGCAUAUGCAUCCACCCCUGAAACACCUGCAUUCUCACUCACUGAGGAGAAAGAUGUCUUCCCCAGAAGGCGCAGAAGGAAUCAACAUACCAGGUGCUGGAGGAGAGGGUCGUGAGAUGCGGAAAGCAUCUCGUGCAGGAACAGAUUCUGACACUGCCCAGAGUCCCUCAACCAGAUCACCAACAGCUGCAGAAGAACUUCCCAGUGCAAGUCCAGAAGAAGAACGAGAUGAAACAAUUCUUAGCAGUGAAUCUGAACCUCAAGUGUCAGAGAGGGCAGCAUCAUUUGGAGACAGCCCCAUAUUUGGCUCUCCCACAGAUGCACUGAGAAGAGUUCAGUUUCAGAUAGGAGAAAUAGCUGAGAAACCAGAAGAAGGUUCCUUAGAAGAUGCUGACCAGCAAACAAAAGAAUUAUUGCAGCCAGAGGAGCCUCCGAAGGAAGUGGAUAAGAAACCAAAACGGCGACACAGUCGGCAUCAUUACCAUCAUCAUCGGUCUCGAAAGCAUAGCUUGCAAGAAGACCCACAAUCUCGUUUACGAUCUGGUGCAGAAUUUAGUGGAGUAGAGGGAAGGAGAGUCAGUAUACAACCAGAGGAAGCUAUUAAUUUGCAGGAGCAAGACAUAGAUGAUUUAGCCAGUCAUCGUUUUGACGAUGCAAGAGGGUUGCGGCGUUACAAGCUUCAGAAGACUCCUUCAUCAGGUCUUGUUCAUAUUGGCAGGAAAGAUGGUUCAGAACAAUUACAGAGUGUACUUCCUCUGCAAGCAUACAAGAAAAUGUUUGACCACAGCCCUCAUGAGGUUUUUGUUCAAUUGGAUGAAUUGUAUGGAGAAGGAGAAGACAGGGAAUGGAAAGAAACUGCCCGCUGGAUCAAAUAUGAAGAAGAUGUAGAAGAAGGGGCGGAUCGUUGGGGUAGACCUCAUGUUGCUUCAUUAAGUUUUCAUUCUCUUCUGAAUCUCAGGAGAUGCCUGGAAACAGGUGUUGUGCUACUUGAUCUUGAGGAGAGAGAUCUCCCUGGAGUAGCUUACAGAGUUGUUGAACAAAUGGUGAUUGAUGAACUGAUAGAAGCAGAGGAUAAGCCAACCGUGAUGCGUGCGCUGCUGCUAAGGCAUCGCCAUGUGAAUGAUCAUGAUAAGUUUCGUUUUGGGAUGAAGAGGACUUUCUCCAGCUACACAAGUUUACAGAACUUAAAUGAAGAAAAAGGGAAACCUAAAAUUGUUCCAUCUAUAGUCAGCAUGGACACAAUGUCAUUAAAUAAGUUGGGCAACAAUCUCAGUGUUCCUGGAGAAGAGAACAGAAAACAAGAUAACCAUACAAUUGAUUUCAAAGAAGAAUUAACUUUUACUUCAUCAGCAGAGGAUCUUAAGAAAGCCCAGAAGGAGAGCAUACUGAGAAGAAUACCUAUAGGAGCUGAGGCAACCACUGUGUUAGUUGGUGCUGUUGAUUUUUUGGAUCAACCAACUAUAGCAUUUGUUAGGUUAGCAGAGGGUAUUUUAAUGCCAUCAAUUACUGAGGUGAACAUCCCUGUUCGUUUCUUGUUUAUACUUUUGGGUCCAUCAACAGCAGAUUUGGAUUAUCAUGAGAUAGGACGAUCCAUAUCAACACUAAUGUCAAAUGCGCAAUUUCAUAAAAUAGCCUACAAAGCUACAGAACGAAAAGAGUUGUUGUCAGCAAUUAAUGAAUUUCUUGAUGAUAGUAUUGUUCUACCACCUGGCGACUGGGAGAGAAAUGCAUUACUUGAAGUGGCAGAACUCAGAGCAAAAAGUGAGAAAAUUCGACGAAGGAAAACAACACGAUUACUUGGUCAAGAUGAAGCAAAGAAAGUCUUGUUGGAAGUAGAAGGAGAUGGAGGGAAACCACCAUAUGACGAUCCUUUGCAAAGAACCAGAAAACCAUUUGGGGGUAUGAUCAAUGACUGCAAGAGAAGAUUUCCACAUUAUGUGUCAGAUAUCAUAGAUGGAUUGAACUUGACUUGUUUGGCUGCAGCCAUCUUCAUAUAUUUUGCUGCUCUGUCAGCAGCUAUAACAUUUGGAGGACUUAUUGCUGAUAAAACAAACAAUUUGAUUGGAAUUUCUGAAACUUUAAUAGCAACAUCAGCUGCAGGAAUAUUUUUUGCCUUGCUAUCAGGCCAGCCACUUAUAAUUGUAGGAACAACUGGACCUCUGCUGUUGUUUGAUGAGAGUUUAUACAGUUUCUGUGAGACAAAUGGCCUUGAAUUCCUCACAGUGAGAGUAUAUAUUGGAUUCUGGCUAACAGUCAUUGCAUUGGUCGUUGUUGCCUUUGAAGGAAGUGUUAUGGUAAAGCUCUUCACAAGAUUCACCGAGGAAAUAUUUGCAGCUCUAAUAUCAGCACUGUAUAUAGUUGAAAGUGUAAUGAAACUGAUUAAGGUUUUCCAGAAGCAUCCCUUAACAGCUGAUUAUUGUGCAGAACAGGAUGAAUUCUCCCUGUUUGCUGCUUCUUGGUAUGAGAAUUCAUCGAGUUCUAAUAAUAAUACAAAUACAACCACUGUAAGCGAACCAAGCUAUGUUGAAAAUACAACAAAUCUUGGGGCACGUGCAGCAAAUGGCAACAGCAGUAUACUUGCAUUUGUUGGAACAGAAGACAAAGUUGAUCAACCAAAUACAGCACUCUUAUGUUUGAUUUUGUCCUUGGGAACAUUCUUUAUAGCUUAUUAUCUGAGACAGUUCAGAAACAGCAAGUUUCUUGGAAGAAGUGCAAGGCGUGCAUUGGGAGACUUUGGUGUGCCAAUAGCGAUUAUAAGUAUGGUAAUACUAGACUAUUUUGUACCAGCAACAUACACUGAAAAGUUAAAAGUCCCUGAAGGACUAUCACCAAGUAACCCUGAUGUUAGAGGGUGGAUAAUUUCCCCUGCUAACUUAGUCUAUGUGUGGGUUGGAUUUGCAGCAUGUGCUCCUGCAUUGCUCGUGUACAUACUACUCUUCAUGGAGACACACAUAACUGAGCUCAUAAUAGAUAAGAAGGACCGUAAAUUGAAGAAAGGCUCUGGUUUUCACUUAGAUAUUCUUCUUGUUUGUUUAUCAAACACCUUUUGUGGAUUAAUUGGUGCACCUUGGAUGUGUGCUGCAACUGUACGUUCACUUACCCAUGUCUCGGCAGUGACUAUAAUGUCUCGAACACAUGCACCUGGAGAAAAACCACACAUAAUUGAAGUCAAAGAGCAACGACUGAGUGCACUUCUUGUUGCUGUAAUGGUGGGUAUGUCAGUUUUAAUGGCGCCACUUCUUAGGUUGGUGCCUAUGUCAGUUCUUUUUGGAGUAUUUCUGUACAUGGGAAUCUCAUCUACAAGUGGUAUUCAGUUUUUUGAGCGACUUAAACUCUUCUUCAUGCCAGUCAAACACCACCCACAAGUGGCAUACGUGCGAAGGGUUCGCACCAUGAAAAUGCACUUAUUCACUAUCAUCCAGCUGUUGUGCUUAGCAGUACUGUGGAUUGUCAAGUCAACUGAAGCGUCACUGGCAUUUCCAUUUUUCCUCAUACUUAUGGUUCCUCUGAGGGCACAGCUUAGGUUUCUGUUUUCACCAGCUGAGCUGAGAGCUCUGGACAGUAAAGAAGCAGAUGGUGACAAAGAAGAUGAGUUAGAUUUCUACACUGAGGCACCAUUACCAGGAUAGAAAAAAAAUCUCAUAUUCUGCACUACAUGUACAUUUUCCAUUAUUUUGUAGCUGCAGGAAAGAGCUACAUCUGUAACUGUAAUGCGUCAUGCAGAAUCUAGAUGGACAUAAAAUUAAAAGCAAUAAUCAUUUGACUCAUUUAUGAGUGGUGAUGUGUUCUUCUGAACAAACAGCAUUUAAACAGUUCCAUAAAGUUGGCUCUCUUGAAACCAAAACUUUGAAAAGUGUGUGUGAUCUUCUCUUUCCAAGUGCCUUGUAAAAAAAAAGAUUUCUAAAAAAAAUUUCCUGUAUGUAUGUAAUUAAUUGAUAAUGUAACAGUUAAGCAGCUAUGAUAAUUUCUUUAAAAUGAGUCUUUCAUCUACUAGCUCUCUUUCUUAUUAGUAAAACAAAUGAGCUAUUAUUACUUUACCUUAUGUGUACAUUCAUUGUCCUCAGUAGAAUACUGCAAGAGACAUAAAAGGAAAUAAAUAUAUAUUGUCUACAAUAUGAGAAUGUGCAUACAGCUAUUUUGCAAGAAAAGUGUUCUAGAAAGCUGUUUGCCUCUAUCUGGCUUUCAUAUAGUAUAAAAAUUUUAUUUCUUGAGAAUCAUUUUCUGCCGACUUUCAAGCAGUCUGACAUUAUUUAUGGAAUAAUUAAACAUUUCAUUUUGUCAUUAUGUUUUCUCUACGAGGCAACAAUUCUAUUUACAUCAGCUGUCCAUUACUAUCAGUACCUGUCCUUUUUCAUGAUAGUGUAUUUAAGGUUUAAGUUUGUGGAAAUCAAUGUAGUUGGUGUUAAGAUGGAACAAUGACUCUUCCCACAUUGAUUAUAUUGUAGUUAAUAAUGUUGAAGAUGAGUACUAUGUCAUUCACUGUGAAGCAUCCUUAUAUGUAUAUAUGUGAUCAUAUGUACUUUUGUGUUUUGUGUGUGUGUGUGUGUGUGUGUGGAGAGAGAGAGAGAGAGAGAGAGAGAAAGAGAGAGAGAGAGAGAGAGAGAGGCAUGAGUUAGCGCACAAUAAUGCAAACGACGUGAAAUGAAAGUGAGAAAUUAAGGAGGUAUGGAGGAGAGAUAUAGAUUAUUAACUUAUCUUAUUGUCAUGGAUAUUGUGUGAAAGUUGUGAAAUAACAUAAUAAAUAUAUUUUUAGAAAUUUACACAGAUGUAUUGCUUAAACACCAAUUGUAAUGGACAUGGUGCUACUUCUUUCAAGUUCUUCCGGCCUCUAAUUAGUUUUGUGGUUACUGAUACUGACUUAAUGGCCUGUGGCACUAACAUGAUGAUAUUUCUUUUAUGAUGUGUUUAGUUUGAUUGACUGCUUCACAUAUGAUACUAUUCAGCAAAACUUUAGUAUUAGUAUCUCUGAGGAAAUUAUACAUGCUGUAUACAAAUAAACCUUUUCAUGACUCUUGUUUACAAGCACUCUGAGUCCAAGUAACCAGUAAGCUACAUUUUCAGUAUCAGACAAAUGUGAAUAACCUGGUAUUAUCUGUUUUUAUUUUCAGUAUGAUAUUGAUUUCCAUAAUUUUGCUUCACUACAACUGAAGGAGCGAUGUGUAUGAAGUGAUCUCUCAUCAUUUCUUAUUUAUGAUGUUAACCUUCUUCCAUUGUAAACAAUGUACAGUUAUGUACCGAUUUACACGAGAGUUAAAAGAAUCAUUGUGAAGUACCUGCAAUAUAAAACUGGUGCUCUGCUAGGGACUUAUGGUAAUAAACUUGAGUGAACAGAAAAAUGCUGAGAAACAAAACAAAAUUUGAGUGGGGAAAAAUAAACGUUGAUAGAUAUAAGCUACUUAAGUGAAUAAAAAAAAUGAAGAAAAUAUAACACGAUAUGUUUCAUACGCUGUUGUUGAAAUCCAUUACUUCAGCUGGAAAAAAUGGAAUGUGUGACUUACUAUAUCAAUUUGAUUAGGUAGUAUUCACAUCAUGCUGCCACUGCAGUAAAUGUCUGUAAUAGGUAAAGCAUUCAGCAAAGUGGAAGGAAUUUGUAAAGCACUAAAUAUCUGUAGGGACCACAUGAAGUAUAUAUAUGUUGAGUUAAGUAGUUCAUUUGAAUAGAAAGUCAUAUAGACUGACAUGUUUUGCACUGUAACAGUCAUUUCUUUCAAAAUAAUUAACUGUAUAAUUCUUAUCGAUCUUCAACACACUGUCUAUCUGGAAUUUAGGACUAUUUAUUGUACUUGUACACUCACUGGCAAAGAAUGUGAUAUAGUGGUAAUACUUAGCUCCAUAAAUAACUCAGUAAUUGACAAAGACUGUUUCUCUACAGUGUUUUUUGCUUUAUCUCAAGCUGUAAUUUUAAAUUUUUACGUAGGACAUUAGAAUAUAAUUGCAACUAUUAAUUUUCCCCUUACUAUCUCAAGGGAUACUCUUAGGAUUCUACCUGAGCUUCAUGACUUUGUCUAAGAUAAUGUUACAUUAUUCCAUUAAAUUUAUUUAAAUAACUGGUUUCAUUAACAGAUUGUUACUGUGCUUAAAAGAGCAGAUGUGUAGAAUAUGAACUUUAUGAAAAUUUGCCAUUAUACAGUGGAGCAAUUUUGGCAGAUUAAGUAGUUCCAGCCUGUCUUGAGAUGUAAUCAGCUGCUCGUCUGUGAUUAAAGAACUACUUUCUUCUGUCUGCUGAAAUUUAUGAAUUUUAGAUUUGUGGACUGCCAAGCUUUCAAAAUGUCUGAUUUGUGGUUACCCUUAAGCAGAUGACUUUCUUAUAGCCAUAUUUUAUAUGGAAGAGUAAUAUAUUUUUAAAACAUUCAUCUUAAACAUGGGAUGUUAUCCUGGAUAUAUUUUUUGUAUUUCUUUCAUGUGAAUCAUGGUUUUGGGUGACAUUAGCCUAAAUAACCAUGUCACAAAACAUUCUGUGAUAGAAAAUGUACGUAGUGCUAACAUACAGUAUUAAACAUUGUACUUAUUCACAUAAAAAUAUGAAUAAUGGAAAGUAAUCAUUAAGAAAAAGUUUUCUUUAUGACUACUUACACCGAAAGAGUUAUUGUAGCAGCAGAUCUGAUAUUUUCUGUUAUCUCAGAAUGGUGAAAGUCUUAUCAUGUAUCUUUUUCCUAAAUUAAUUGUAACACUUAAAACUACUCAUGUAUCCCAUGAGAUAAAAUGUAUACAACAUACAUUAUUUGGAACAUAUUCAAAAUAAAUACCUGGAAGUCUUCUUGUUA